AUGCCCGUCCAGUUCUUCAUCGCACUUUACCGCCCUAGCCACUGGGUCCUCCUCGCGACCGACAACGGCAUCCCAUCGCUCUCCGAGCCCAUCCGAUGCUUCGGAAUAGAGCAGACGGACGAAGACGAGCCGGACGACGACGCGUGGCGCAACGUCGCCUUCGGCCCCAUUCUGAACGGCUGGAAACGAUCAUACUAUGAAACUCGCGCCGGGCUCAUGGGCCCCAACUUCAGCGGUCUGCUCGUGUUCCCGCCCUGCGCGCACGAGUCCGUGACGCUUGCGCACGUGCACAAUGCACUGGACAGGCUCCCCGUCAUGCCGUUCUCGGUCUCCACGAACCCGAUGAGGAGGUAUCAGUGGUCGUGCAAGCGGUGGAUCGUUGAUGCUUUGCUCAGGCAUGGUCCAGGUUUCGGGAUGACGUUUGAGAAGAGGAUGUGUGAGGAGAGUUGGGUGGGGAUGGUGUGGGGGACGGUGUUGUAUCAUGAGAUCUGUGAGACGGCUGGCAGGCUUGAGCGGGACGGGAAGAUGGAGAAAGCGCGGGACGGGAGUUUGGUUAAGUGCGUGAGGUUCCCGGAUGAGUAUUUCAGAAGUUCUUGA